CAGGGAGGAGAAACAGCAGACGAGGAUAGGGAGAGUGACUGAGAAGAUAGAGAGCAUCUGAGAGAGAGAGUUCGCAUGCAGGACAGAGUGAUUAAACAGCAGGCAGACAUUGGACAGCCUUUUUUUUUUUACUUCCACCACAACUGCUACAGCGGAGGAGAUGCUUAUGUGAGGAGAACAAGUGAUUGUGCAUAGUAAGCAAGAAGCUCUCUUUGUUUUUAUUGAUAAAUGCAGGAAUUGAUGAGCUGCUGCAUCUUAGAGUGUCUCGUCAUGGAUGACUCUAGGGAACCUACUGAAUAGAUCUUAGCGCUGCAUCAUGGUUCAGCAAAGGACCCACAAAUACUCAUCAGUCAUGGAUGGCAAUUCUACCAGAGAGGUCUUUGUGGGACUGGCGGCAGAGGACGAUGCUGAGGUGUUUGGACAUGUACCUUCUAACAAAGACCCCAACUGGUGCAAAACUCCAACUGGGCACAUUAAGAGACCAAUGAACGCUUUCAUGGUCUGGUCCCAGAUUGAGAGACGGAAGAUCAUGGAGCAGUGGCCUGACAUGCACAAUGCUGAGAUUUCAAAGCGCCUCGGAAAGCGCUGGAAACUACUGCCUGAUUAUGAGAAGAUACCCUUCAUCAAAGAGGCUGAAAGGUUGCGUCUAAAGCACAUGGCUGACUAUCCUGACUACAAGUACCGGCCCAGGAAGAAGAGCAAGAUCUCAACCCCUGUGAAACUUGGAGAGAAGUUGCCUAUGAAAUCCAGCAAGCCCCAUUCAGGAAGAUCUACUGGGCUGUCCUGCAAAGGGUUAAAGAUGAAACCCACUUCUGCCAAGCCUAAAAUGAACUUUACUGGCAAUAAAUAUAAGAGCUACAGCGAGAGCAUGAGCGAUGAUGACACGAUGGAUGUAAACUUAGAAAGUCCAGUGACUCUGCAAGACGAUCACAACCCGUCAGGUCACUUUGUCCUUCACCAGCAGGCUACCAUUCCCUCUGAGGACCAGCAACCAGUUCCUGAGCUCAGAGUGAAAGUGCCCAUCUCUCAGACCAGCAGCAUCCAGAGUGUCUCCUCGGACUAUGAGUGCCAGGCUCUCCCAGAGUCCACCAUGAGCGAACCACGAGGGUCGACAUCUGGAAGAUCCUCCACACCAACCUCAACCAGCUCCUCCUCUUUGGUGUCGUCAGCAUGUUCGGAUGAGGAACUGGAUGAGGAACUCUUGCAUAUCAUUUCUAACAGUAUGCCUAUGGACUGCUCCGCUCUGGACAAAGACUUUGAAGCGUUUAAUGCUAACUCAGGAUCCCAUUUUGACUUCCCAGAUUACUGCACUCCAGAGUUCAGCAUUAUUUACCUCCCACCAAUAGUUGUCAGAAAAGGGACAACAAACCCUGCAGUUCAUAUCUUACAUAAACUGUUAAUCCUCGUCGAUUCGCAACAUCCUGUGAAGAAGCAGCGGCAUGCUGUGCAAAGCGAAGGAACACAAAAGGAAAUGGACCUGCUGUGUAUUUGCUCUUGGUUUAACCUCAUUGUUUGGACUGCAUAAUGACUACUUUUGUCACACUGACCACAGAGGCGUAAACAGUCUCCAUCGUGUUGUGUUUCCUUAUUGUAGGAAAGAGUUGACUGAACUAGUUCUGUACGAUCAGUAUUUUUUCUAAUCCAUGAUAGUUUGCAAAAAUCUUAGUUUUGCCAAGUGGUUUUUAGAAUGACGCCACACUCAAUGGUCAAACUACACAUGUAAUUCAGGUAUUUGUGUUUCAAGUAAAAGGGAAAUGGCGUUAAACAUGAGGACCGAUAUAAAGAUGGAUGUGGUUUGUGAUACGAGGCCUUCAUUCAUAAAACACAAAAAUAUGAGGAUUUUCAACGUGUAAAAACAUUGCCUCAACAUAUAUGUAUAGUGCAUAAAGAUUUAGUGCUUUAAAACUGAAAUGUUUGCAUUUUAAAUGCUCAAAAUUGUAGAAACUGUAGUAAUAACGCAAGUUACUGGAAAUAUUUGUUUCAUUAUAAGUGAGGCAAUGGAUGGCAUUAAUUUCAUAAUACGGUCAUUUGAAUUAUGAAAAUCCAAAAUCAAGUUUGCAUGUGUUAUAAAUAAGGACUUGUGAAUAGGUAAACAAAAGGCUUGGGCCUUCAACAAUCAUCAGGGAAAUGAUUUCAGGAAUCGACACGUUCACUAUUUUAGCAGAUUCUGUGCUAUUGGAAUUGUGAAACGGCUCACCGAACCUGAAGUCCACACACAGGAAUUAGUCUUUGCAUUAAGAUGUAUGUCAAUCAAAUCUGUCUCCAUCUAGAAAUGUAUCAGGUCACACACUGAACCAAUACAGUACCAAACACCAGCAGUCAAUUACUUGGACUCAGGACUAAAAACAUCAGCCCACUGUGGAUCUGCUUUGAUUCAGCCAUUACUAAGAUGCACUCCGUUUGGCCAUUGUAUGUCAUUGUAGAUGAUCUGCAAAAUAACUGUAUGUAGCAUCAAAGGUCAAACUGCAAAGUUGUACCUUUUUAAAUAUUAAAUAUUUUAAA